AGCUGGUCCACGAUACAACCAGAGAAUGAGUAAAAGGGCAUUUGUCUUGGGGUGAUUUCUACUACCCGCCUUGGGGUAUAUAUCCUGUUUGCCCUGACGGGGGCCUAGUCUGUUUGUAGCAUCAAGUGAGGCUAGAGUUGGGCAGUAUUGGGUUUUCCACUUUGUGAUCUUUCACCAGCUAAACAUCGCAAUACAGUGGAACCUUCUUUCUUGGACUUAAUCCAUUCCGGGAGUCCGUUUGACUCCCGAAACCAUUCCAAAAUCAAGGUGUGGCUUCCGAUUGGCUGCAGGAGCUUUCUGCACUCGAGCAGAAGCCACGUCAGACGUUCAGAAGUCGAAACACUUCUGAGUUUUCGGUGUUCGGCAGCCAAAACGUACGAGCACCAAGACGUUCGAGAAGCAAGGUACGGCUGUAUACUGAUAGUGUGUGAAAUAAGAAUGGAGCCAUGUAGAGGCAUUGGCUGGCUUCACGGUUUCCCCCACAUUGUGAUUUUUGCAAAGCACACACACAGACACACACAUCGUGAUUCGCAAUAUAUUGCCAGGUCAGAAAUCAUGAAACCCGAUAAUCACAAUCUGGGCUUGAAACCGGUUUCGGACACAAGGCUCUGCUUGCGAUUUUAAGGCAGAUACAUGCGAAGGAAGAGGAAGUUGACAUGGAAGGCCAGCCAGGGAGAAAUGGAGGAAUGAUUUCUGACAGAACUCAAAGGCUGCUCCUAGCCACAUUAUUCCCCUCUGGACUCAAGAGUGGAGUUGCUCUUGACGUAGCCAUUGUGAAACCCAGGUAGUUUUGCAUUAAACUCCACCCCACUGCCAAAAACUAACAGAAAAGCCACCCAGUCUAGUUUUAGGCUUGAAGUGCCAGAAACGAUGGCAACAACACAUGGCAGUCUUUUUUAUUAUUAUUAUUUCUCUCUCCCCUACCCCCCCAGUCCCUUUGUGAGUAGAGAACAUGGUUUCUUGAGCAUGGAGUGGUUCAGAGUUCGAUCCCUGGCACUGCCUGUUAAAAGGACCACAGGUAACUCAGCUGGGGAGAGGCCUUGGGCAGCUUCUGCCGGUCAGGCCCCAAAGGCCCAGUGGUCUUGCUCCAUGCAUCAGGGCAGAACCCCACCUUCGUCCACUCUUUCUGCAACCCUUUCCAUUGAAGCCUGGAGCAUGUGUGCUGCAAGGAUUAUGCAGCGUGGUGCACUGGUUAGAGUUUUGGACUAGGACUCGGGGAGACCGGGGUCUGACUGCUCGCUGGGGGCUCUUGGACCAGCCAUGCUCACAUCAACUUAACCCUACCUUGCAGGGUUGUUGUGAGGAGCAAGCGGAGAGGGGGAGUACCACGCAUGCCGCCUCUUGCUCUUUGGAGGAGAGCUGAGGUAUAAGCGUAGUAAUGGCAGCCGUAAAGGACCCGCCAGCUUUCAAAUUAUUCAACUAUGGUGAAGCUAAGGGUGUGUUUGGGGUGGACUGUGGCUGCUCUUCACCAGCCCUGGUGGCUUCUAGAUAGUUUGGACCAUAACUCCCUUCAGGCUGUGCUUGCUGGGCCUGCUGGGAAGUGUAGUCCGGAACAUUUGGAGGGUGCCAGAUUGGGCAAAGCCUGGUUUAGGCUCUCUCUGUUUACGUGUGCUUCUAAAGCUUGUCAGCAUGUACCUUAUAUAUUGUAAACCUGGAAUUUCCAGUAGAGACGCACACGCACCAUGUAUGUUGAUUACCUGCGCAUGCUUUCAGGGAACAGGGGUUAAUGUUUAAUGCAGAAAGGCCAGCCGCAAGUCUUGCCGUGCGGAGUGCCAUUCAAAUGCCUUUUUGACGCUUGCGACGGAGAAGAACGGCUUCCGUAGAAAAGCAGGCCGUGCCUGGAGAUCAAACAUCAAGCCAACAAGAGGACUUGGAACCUUGACCGUGCCGAGCAACCCCCGCCCAGCAUAACCCUAAUGAAUGGCGAUGGCCUGCACGAGAACCACAACGAUGAGACCAGGCAGAACGGCCACGAAGAAACAGACCACGCAGACGAUGGGAAUGACCAAGAGGUUAUCGUCAUCCAGGACACCGGUUUUACGGUCAAAGUCCAUGCGCCGGCAGUCGAACCUUUCCCCCUUCAAGUAUCCCCCCAAGAGAUGGUCCAGGAAAUCCACCAGGUGCUGAUGGACCGCGAGGACACCUGUCACCGAACGUGCUUCUCCCUGCAGCUGGACGGCAACGUCCUGGACAACUUUGCCGAGCUGAAAACCAUUGAAGGGUUGCAAGAAGGCUCCGUGUUAAAAGUAGUUGAAGAACCCUAUACAGUCCGAGAAGCUAGAAUACACGUCCGCCACAUCCGAGACCUCCUGAAGAGCCUCGACCCCUCGGACGCUUUCAACGGCGUCGACUGCAACUCCCUGUCAUUCCUCACCGUCUUCACCGAAGGGGACCUUGGAGACAGCGGCAAGAGGAAGAAGAAGGGCGCAGAGUUGGAGCAGAUUGACUGUACCCCUCCUGAACAUAUCCUUCCGGGGAGUAAAGAGCGGCCCCUCUGUCCCCUUCAGCCUCAGAAUAGAGACUGGAAGCCUCUACAGUGCCUAAAAGUGUUGACAAUGAGUGGCUGGAAUCCUCCUCCCGGAAACCGCAAGAUGCACGGAGACCUCAUGUACCUGUAUGUCAUCACGAUGGAAGAUCGCCAUGUGAGCAUCACGGCCUCUACCCGUGGCUUUUACCUCAAUCAGUCCACGGCCUACAACUUCAGCCCUAAGCCUGCCAACCCCAGUUUCCUCAGCCAUUCCCUGGUCGAGCUUCUGAACCAAAUCAGCCCAGCCUUCAAAAGAAACUUCGCUUCUCUGCAGAAGAAACGGGUCCAGAGGCACCCGCUGGAGAGGAUAUCCACCCCUUUCCAAGUCUACAGCUGGACAGCCCCUCUGGCUGAGCAUGCCAUGGACUGUGUGAGGGCAGAAGAUGCUUACACCUCAAGGCUGGGCUACGAAGAGCACAUCCCGGGACAGACCAGAGAUUGGAACGAAGAGUUGCAAACAACCAGGGAACUGCCACGCAAAAAUCUGCCAGAAAGGCUGCUGAGGGAACGUGCAAUCUUUAAGGUCCACAGCGACUUCACUGCCGCGGCGACGAGAGGCGCGAUGGCGGUCAUUGACGGCAACGUGAUGGCCAUCAACCCCAGCGAGGAGACCAAGAUGCAGAUGUUCAUCUGGAACAACAUCUUCUUCAGCCUGGGCUUUGACGUCCGCGACCACUACAAGGACUUUGGCGGGGACGUGGCCGCUUACGUGGCCCCCACCAACGACCUAAACGGGGUCCGGACGUACAAUGCGGUUGACGUGGAAGGGCUCUACACCCUGGGCACGGUGGUGGUGGACUACCGGGGCUACCGGGUGACGGCCCAGUCCAUCAUCCCCGGCAUCCUGGAGAGGGAACAGGAGCAGAGCGUCAUCUACGGCUCCAUCGACUUCGGCAAGACGGUGGUCUCUCACCCCAAGUACCUGGAGCUGCUUGAGAAGACCAGCCGGCCCCUGAAAAUCCAGAAGCACGCGGUCCUGAACGACAAAGGCGAGGAGGUGGAGCUCUGCUCGUCGGUGGAGUGCAAGGGGAUCAUCGGCAACGACGGGCGCCACUACAUCCUCGACCUGCUCCGCACCUUCCCUCCCGACCUGAACUUCCUGCCCGUCGACGGGGAGGAGAUGCCCGAGGAAUGCCAGAAAAUGGGCUUCCCCAAACAGCACCGCCACAAGCUCUGCUGUCUGCGGCAAGAGCUGGUGGAUGCCUUCGUCGAGCACAGGUAUCUCAUGUUCAUGAAAUUGGCAGCGCUGCAGCUGAUGCAGCAGAAGGCCCUCAAGCAGGAGGCGCCCUCCCCUCUGGAGAACGGCGAGAGCCCCACCUCCUCCUCCUCCUUUCCCGAGAACGGGGUGGAGGACGGCGAGGAGAAGCCCCCCUCGGACGACGGCAAGAUGGAGGACAGCGUCGCAGGGUUGGACCAGGUGAAAGAGCUCACGGAGACGAUUGCGUCGGACGAUGGAGCAGUGGACCCCAAAAGCCGGGAAGUGAUCCAGAAUGCUUGCAAAGCGGUCGGAUCCAUCAGCAACACGUCCUUCGAUAUCCGGUUUAACCCAGAUAUUUUUUCGCCAGGGGUCCGCUUUCCAGAGUCCAGCAAAGAGCAGAUUCAGGAUCAGAAGCGGUUGCUAAAGGAUGCGGCGGCUUUCCUGGUGUCCUAUCAAAUUCCAGGCUUGGUGAAAGACUGUCUUGACCACACCAUGCUCCCGAUGGACGGCGCCACCUUGGCCGAAGCAAUGCACCAGCGAGGCAUCAACAUGCGCUACUUGGGCAGAGUGGUGGACUUCAUCACCAAAACCCCUGGCCGGACUCAGCUAGAUCACAUCUAUAAAAUCGGAAUCACGGAACUGAUCACCCGGUCGGCUAAGCACAUCUUCAAGACAUACCUCCAGGGAGUGGAGCUGUCAGGCUUAUCAGCUGCCAUCAGUCAUUUCCUCAACUGCUUCCUCAGCUCCUUCCCAAACCCCGUGGCCCAUCUCCCGGCGGAUGAGCUGGUCUCCAAGAAAAAGAACAAGAGGAGGAAAAAUCGGAAUUUGGGCGCCGCUGACAACACUGCCUGGGCCACCAUGAGCCCUCAAGAAUUGUGGAAGAACAUUUGUUCGGAAGCCAAGAGUUACUUUGACUUCGGCUUGGAAUGUGAGAGUGUUGACCAGGCAGUGGAAGUAUACAACCUACAGAAGGUCACCCUGCUGCGUGAGAUCUCCCUCAAAACUGGAAUCCAGAUCCUUCUGAAAGAGUACAACUUCGAUAAUCGCCAUAAGCCAACGUUCACAGAAGAGGACAUCCUCAACAUCUUCCCAGUCGUGAAGCACGUCAACCCCAAAGCCUCGGACGCCUUCCACUUCUUCCAAAGCGGCCAGGCGAAAGUGCAACAAGGUUUCUUGAAGGAGGGCUGCGAGCUGAUCAGCGAGGCCUUAAACCUGUUCAACAACGUCUAUGGCGCCAUGCACAUGGAAAUCUGCGCCUGCCUUCGUCUCUUGUCUCGCCUGAACUACAUCAUGGGAGACUACUCAGAGGCCUUAAGUAACCAGCAGAAAGCAGUGCUCAUGAGCGAGAGAGUCCUUGGCAUAGAGCACCCCAACACAAUUCAGGAAUAUAUGCACCUUGCUUUGUACUGCUUUGCAAACAGCCAGCUGUCUACAGCGCUCAACUUGCUAUACCGCGCACGCUACCUCAUGCUGUUGGUGUUUGGCGAAGAUCACCCAGAAAUGGCACUCUUGGAUAACAACAUUGGCUUGGUCCUCCAUGGAGUGAUGGAGUACGAUCUCUCCCUGCGGUUUCUGGAGAACGCGCUGCUCAUCAACUCCAAGUACCACGGCGCCAAGUCUCUGAAAGUUGCACUCAGCCACCACUUGGUCGCCCGAGUGUACGAGAGCAAAGCUGAGUUCCGGUCGGCUCUGCAGCACGAGAAGGAAGGCUACACGAUCUACAAAAACCAGCUUGGUGAGCAUCACGAGAAGACCAAAGAAAGCUCGGAGUACUUGAAAUAUCUGACUCAGCAGGCUGUGGCGCUGCAACGCACAAUGAAUGAGAUCUACAAGAACGGAUCCAGCGCCAACAUUAUGCCCUUGAAAUUCACGGCUCCCAGUAUGGCCAGCGUCCUGGAGCAGCUGAACAUAAUCAAUGGGAUUCUCUUCAUUCCACUAAGCCAAAAAGACUUGGAGAACCUUAAAGCCGAAGUGCAGCGGCGCCAGCAACUUCAGGAGGUCCUCAAGGGCAGCGAAGAAUUGGAGUCGGAAGAAAAACCCGCGGGGGAGAGCGAGCCCGAAGCAAGCCCGCCUGCAGCCACGGCUCCCUAGCUUAGGGGUCCGCGUCGGGAGAAGGCUCUGGCUGUUUGAAUCUGUCCCGGGGUGGGGUAUAGGGAGUUGCUCAGCCUCUCCUUGGGGGCAGCUUCUCGGCAAUGUGUUUUUGUGUUGUUGUUUUUAUUUUUUAAUUUGCACUGGUACAAUGAAUACACAAUGCAAAGAACUAAAUUUUGAGAAAUGAACCCUACCUGUCGAAGCAGGCACUGGGCACCCAAAACGGGGCGGUGCAACAGCUGCUGGUCCCCGGAGAGUCUAACUGGGGUGGGAGAAUGCAGGGGUGUCGUGGGGGGAGGGGAGGGGAAGUGGGGCUGGAAAGGGGGCAUGCGUGUGUGCGAGUACAUUUCAAUCCAUUUUUACCGUGUACAUAAGAGAUUUAAUUCCAAGUGAGGUAUAAUAACAUUUCUCAGGUCAUUUUUUUCUGUUGACUUUUAAAGGACAUCUAUAACUUUGCAGAAAAGGAACCCUCCCCCACCUCCCGGGCCUGGUGGUUCUUCUCCCCCCCCCCCCAAAAAAAGUUCUCCUUUUCCUUCCAUCUUUUGAGGCUCAGCCCGCUGCUGCACUGUUUAGGUGAUCGUGACACUAUAAAUAUUAUAUAUUAAAUAUAAAUUCAGCCAUAUUUUUUAUCUCAAUGUUUUAUCUUUAAGGCCUGAGCAGAGUUGGUACUGCAGAGGAAACUGUUUUGAGGAGAUGGCAUAGAACUUUUUGGUCUGAAUUUAGGAGACAGCCAUUGGAUUCCUUUUAGGGUUCCUCUUUUUAUUCUUUCCUUGCCUUCCCCCCCCAAAAAAAACUAUUUAGAUUUGUUGGGAAAGUGGGGUGCGGUUUUGUUUUUUUGCAAGUUUCAUGGCCCAGGAAAAGAGAUGUUGUGUGGUUUUUGUGUCCGCCUAAAUUCCUUGUGCUUUGCUCCCUCUUGAGCACAGCAUAAGAAACAGCAUCCAAAGGGGGGGGGUAUUGGUUUUAUUUUUAAAAAAGAAGAAAACCAAGCCAUGGGAUGCCCAGCUCUGAUCAUCCAACUGCCCCUCAUGCCAAGUUAACUGUAAAAGCUGAAUUGGUGGCUUGGGGGCAGUAACUAGGCUAAGCUCAUCCCAUGUUAAAGUAUCCCUAAAGUCUGGUAUAAAUCCCCCCCCUUUACCCUUUUCAACUUAUACAAUGGAAAAUCCCUAGUGCCUAUACUUUACCUCUCUCCCCACCCCUUUCUCAAAGAGUUGUGCGAAUGGCAUAGAACAAAAGCGCCUCGAGCUGAAGACUGCUGUCUCGAAAGCGAUUGGUUCAAUUGAUGAGCUGAACUGAAUCAAUGUUUGGGUUGUUGUUUUUAAAAGGUUUAUCUGUGGACUAAACAAGAAUCAUGAACCUAAAAUGAAGCUCUUUUCUCUCCCCCCUAAUUUCCUUCUCGCAGUGAAAAUGGUAAUAAAUUUGUAUUAAUACUAUAUAGUACCGAACAAGAUGAUUUGGGGGGGUAGGGGUGUCCUUGUUUGUUUGGAGAUAUUAUUAUUUUUUUGUCCCAAAGCCUCAUCAGCUUUAAAACACAAGUUUCCCAAGAAGGCAUUCAUUGCUGGCAAUGGAUGCUCUGCCCAAUAUUCUGCCCUCCCCUGAAGGGGAAAAAAACGGUGAUGUUCUUCAGCUACUCUUAAUAGCUCUCACUACUGUACGUCCCUGCUAUUACCGACAGGUUGAAUGUGUUCGUAAGAACAAUAAAGCUGAUUUCCUAGCUCUGCCCUCCCUGCCUAAAAAAACAAAACACCUAUCAUGUUGAGUUCAAAAUGCGGAGUCUGGUGGUCACCGCCUCCCUCCUCUCCCUUUUGUACUAAAUUGCAUUUUGCCAGCCUCCACCCCACCACCCCUACUCAAAACCACAAGAGAGGUCAUGUUUCUACCAUGUGACUCAAAUGUUGGUGCGAGGGGGGGGACGGGACUUGUGUUAAAGACUCAAUGCCAAGGGUUGGGCAACUUACGGUCCCUGCGGCCCUAUUAAACCUGCCAAAAAACGGCUACCAAAGAAAGGUGGGUGGGAGGGGAGGUUUUCAAACAGGUGCAGCAUCUUCAGUGUGUGUGAGUGAGAGACGUCAUCGUAGCGUGGCUGGAAAUUGCUGCUACAGAGGGCAAAAUAAAACAAAAUGAAACUUUGGCAUGGUUCUGGGGCCCAGACAGCGAAGGUUGCCUGUUCCUUGACGCGAGUGCAAUUUAGGUGCAUAGCAAGAGCCCUUCCCCCUUCUCUGGGGGAGAGAAUGUUCUUUGGUCCAGAUGUGGAGGUGAGAGAGAGAAAUGCAGAAUUUCCUUGGAAGUGUCUGAAUAAAGAACAGAUUU